GUCUGUGUACAUUUGUGUGACUAAAUUAUAAUACAAAAAAACAUUUUAUUAUGUACAUGACUACUUUCAGUCAAUGGGAAAGGAAAAAUGUUUGCAGAGCUUAUUUUUGCGAUUGGAUGCUCUAGCGAAAAAAAUGUGAAAUUAAGGUUCGUAUUAAUUGCGUUUUGUUAUGAAAAAAUCCAGAUCAAUUAUAAUAUUUAGUAAUUUAUGCAUGUUUUAAUUAUCGUGCUCAGAAUUUUUUUUCGUUUUUUUUUUUUUUAAUUCAGUACUUUUUAAAGUUUUUUGCAGAACUUGAUUGAUUCAUCCACUUUUUUAUACUUUUGUAGAACAAAACAGUCCGAAAUUGCAAAUAUAUCUUCCCUAAACUAACUGCUACACAAAACUAACUUAUUCGCAAACCUACAUAUGUAGAUUGGUAGUAAUAAUGUCAGGCGAUACCAAAUCAGAAAUUGUUGCACUGCAAAUGGAGAUUGAAAACAUGGAUAAUGAACUUCAUAGUAUCAGUAGUCAACUCAAUAUGCUAAUAACCAAACAAGAAAAUUUAACAGAACGGAAGAAAAAACUAACAAGCAGGUUAAACAACUUGAAAGAAACAUUAGAUACACCUACUGAAGAAGAAACGGAUUGGAGUGGAGACCAUUUUGAAUGGUCUGAAAACAUCAAGAAAGUUUUAAAGAAUAAAUUUCAUAUAGGUGAUUUCCGUCAGCUGCAGAAGGAGACAAUCAAUGUGACAAUGUCGAAGAGAGAUUGUAUUUUAAUCAUGCCAACAGGAGGUGGGAAGAGUUUAUGUUUUCAACUUCCAGCUUUUGUUUCUGAUGGUUUUACUUUGGUUAUUUCUCCGCUUAUCUCUUUGAUGGAAGAUCAAUUAAUUGCUUUAAAAGCACUGAAUAUCGAAGCAACCACAAUCAAUUCGUCCUCUCCUCUUAAAUACGUCACAGAGGUACAAAAACAAAUGGCUAUGAAAGAAUGUCCCUUUAAAAUUCUGUAUGUUACUCCAGAGAAGAUUGCAAAAAGUAAAAGAUUUAUGGCGAAGUUGGAGAAAGCAUAUUCAAUUGGCAACAUCAGUAGAAUCGUGAUUGAUGAAGUGCAUUGUGCAAGUCAUUGGGGACAUGAUUUUCGUCCAGACUACAAAAUCUUGGGUAUUUUGAAAAGACAGUUUCCCAAUGUACCCUUAUUGGGAUUAACAGCGACCGCCUCUGAAAAAGUGUUGACCGACGUCAAAGAUAUCUUAAACCUUGACGGAAGUUGUGUUGUGUUUAGAGCUUCCUUUAAUAGACCGAAUUUAUAUUACGAGGUAUAUAAAACAAGUUCUUUGUCAGCCGAUCUAAUCCAAGAAAUUGCUUCACGUAUUAAAACACAAUUCACAAACAUGUCGGGUAUAAUUUAUUGCUUCUCCCGAAAGGAUAGUGAAGAUGUUGCAAACAAGUUGGUACAACAUGGCAUACAAGCACAUUGUUACCAUGCCGACCUGCAACCUGAAUUGAAGUCAAAAAUACACAGAUCAUGGACGAAAGGAAACUUGCAGGUGGUCGUCGCAACGAUCGCAUUUGGUAUGGGUAUCGAUAAACCCAAUGUUCGUUUUGUUAUUCACUAUUCAAUAAGUAAAUCAAUGGAGAAUUACUACCAGGAAAGUGGACGUGCUGGACGAGAUGAUAAGAAAGCAUGGUGUAUUCUGUAUUUUCGUUUUCAAGAUAUAUUCAGACAAAGUUCAAUGGUAUUCACUGAAAAAACCGGAAUUCAGAAUUUAUACAAUAUGUUGCGUUAUUGUAUUGAUCAGAAAAACUGUAGAAGAACUCAGAUUGGAGAACAUUUUGAAGAAAACUGGUCUGCUUCCAAAUGUCAUCAAAUGUGUGAUAACUGCCAACCAAAUAGAGAAAUCACUCAAAGAUGUCUCAAAGCUAACGCGACAACCAUUAUGGAAAUAUUACGUAAUGCUUCUUCUUCGGAUGAGCGAGUCACACCUCUAAAAGUAAUCGAUGCGUGGUUAGGGAAAGCAAAGGUUUCGCUGCGACCUGAAAGUAUCGCCACGUGUUCUCGUAGUGAAUGUGAGAGUGUCGUAACGAAGCUUCUCAUUCAACAAAUCGUACAAGAGGAUUACCAUUUUACUCCUUACAGUACGGUGACCUACCUAAUACCCGGUCCUCGUUGGUUGUUGUUAAAACGAGAUCAAAUCUCUGUAAAGCUGGACAUUGUCUCCGAAAAGGUUUUACUUUUUCUGUACUUGUUUUAUUUAACCAUUGUGUAUGUACAUCAAGUGAUUAAUACUUCUGAUAUCUAUAAAUUUGAGAGGCUAAGAAAUGACGGGCGUAGAGGGGUGGUUGGAUAUGUAAUGGAAAAAUUAUAGAGUGAAAGAUUUGUGGAAAUAUAAAGCUAUCAUAAGUAAUAAAAACUCGUAUAAAUAGAUGGUAAGAUAUGAUUGCAUCGCUUUCCUCGAUAUAUACACAUUUAACAGAAACGUUACAGUGAUUUUACGAAAAACUGCUAUUGAUUUAAAAAAAAAUGAUGCUUUUAGAGUAACUACCAAUAAUUUAUAUAGUUGUGGUUUUAAUACAUAGAGGAUUGUGACACUGAUCAUUCUAUCCUUCUAAAUCUAAUUUCUGAUUUCAAUAAAAACAAUUCCUACCAUGAUAAAAACUCUUCUUCAUUUUUCAUCUUACAUUUAAUAUUUUAUGGUUUUAUUUUCGGGUUUUUUAAAAACAAUCAGGCGGAAAUUCCGUACUUUAAGGUCAGAAACUUUUGCAGGAAGAAAGUGUCGCGGUUUCGCGGUUUUUGGGCCUUUUUGCGAAAGUUUUUUCCCGCGAAAUUUUUCAAAAAAACUUAACCGCGAAAGUUUUUCCCGCGAAAUUUUCAAUAAUUUUUUUUUAAUUCUGUCCUGAAAUAACGAAAUGUCUUACUCCGCGAAAGUUUUUUUCCCGCGAAAUAUCCAAAAAUAGGCCAUCCGCGAAAGUUUUUUCCUGCGAAAUGCGAAAAUUUUGCGUUUUUUUUUAAACCGCGACACUUUCUGACCUUAAAGUAUUAUUGUUAAAAUUUUAUAAGAUUCUAUAAAUAACUAUGGUUUUGCUUAUACACUCUUGUAAUUUGAUUUACGGGCGGUGACAAAGUUUAAUAAGACAACGAUUUCUAACAA